AUGGCAGCAGACCCGCAGUUUGUGCGUGUGGUGCCAGACCCCAGCGGGGAGGAUGGGUCGCCUAACACAGGCGACCUUGUACAGUUCACAACUGCGAUUUAUUUCGUGGAGGAAGAUGAAGACUUCCUCGAAGUCGACAUUAUGCGUCUGGGAAACCUCCGGGGAACGGUCACUGUCGACUACUACACUGAAGAUGGUUCUGCCAAAGCUGGGAAGCAGUACCAGAGAGCUGCCGGCCAGGUUGUGUUCAACGAUGGCGAGUACCGGCAGUCUAUCCAGAUCCAGACCAUUUCCAACAAGUUCUGGUCGCCAACGCUGGAGUUCAAGAUCCACCUGGCGAAUCCGGCCGGUGGUUCCGUGGGCAUCCACUUGCGCUCGUGCCGCGUCAAAGUGAUUGAUGGAGACACCUUCCCCUCCAGCAAGCAUCAUGACCUGCUCAAGCAAGGCGAGGAGGGAGUGAAGAAGAUCCGUAGCAUCAGCCUGUUGUGGGAGUACUGGAAACUCUGCCUCCUUCAAGUGCCUGGCAUUGGAGUCCGGACCUUCGUGACGCUGAUUGUGGACGAAUUCCGGAACAUCAAGCGGCUCACGGUCCUCCUCCUCCAGGUUUAUCUGGUGGAUGUCGUCUUCAACACAACCGAUGCGGAGUCGCAGGAGCAGCUCAUCGGUUCCUCUCGGAAAGAGACCGCCAUAUUUGUUGGGAUUCUCAUUGCCGCACCGAUGUUCUUGGUCCACAUUGCGGCCCUCAUCAAGGCGAGGAUGGACUUGAAGGGCCAUCUUCAGCUGUUUCUGCAGCGCAGCCUUUACCGAAAGUACCUGAACUACAGUGAGGAAUCACGCAGUUCGGUGCCGCCGGCCCUGAUGCAGAGCGCCAUCACUCGAGAGUCGGAUGAAGCCGCCGCCUCCUUCGGCAAAGUGCUGGACCUCGUGGCGAUCGUGUGUCAGCUCGGGAUCUUCGCAUACUUCACCAUCGCGGAGAACCCCACUGCCAUGUACUUCAUUGUGGCCAUGCCGGUCAGUAUGCUGAUCUACUUCACGAUCAUGAGUCUGUGUCGCGGGCCGCGAGAUCAGUGGAAGGAAGUGGAAGACUCCAUGCUGUUCCUGGUCGAUGAGGUUUGCCACCGCUACCGGCUCGUGGCAGACUACUUCCAGAGGCCGCAGAUGAAUGAGGAGUUCCAGAAGACCAGCGGCGAUCUCCAACGACAGAUGGUUCCGGAUCACCUUCGAGAUGCCAAUGACAACAUGUUCCCAAAGUGGCUGGGUCCGUUCUUCAUGGGCCUCUACGUGGCCAUCGAGGCCAACCGGGUCCUGGACAACUCCCUGAGCCUGGGCACCUUUCUUGCCACGGUGGGCAUCAUGAAAGACAUCAGCGAAGAAUUCGAAGAGGGAUACGCUAUCAUCCUGGAGCUCAGCCAGUUCUAUUACUCGGUGGUGGACUUGACAGUGUUCUUCAACAAAGAUACAGAUCUCCGUACCUGGAAGGCAGUGAACCGAAAGCGUCGUGAAGAGUCGAAAAAAGCGCGAGACGCCUCUUUCGCGAAGCCAGCUCCUGCUGUGCCUGCGGACGCCUCUCUCGCGAAGACGGCUCCUGCUGUGCCUGGCGAAAUGGAGGAGGCCGCUGAGGAGGCAGAAGCCCCGCCGGAGCCUGCAGAAGCCCCGCAGGAGCCGUCGGCGGACAUGGAGGUCGUGUACAAGACGGACCUCAUCCCGAUCAGGAUAGAGGGGAUGUGCUACUCGCGGGAGAAGCCCAUCUUCACAAACGUUAACGUGUCGGUCCAGCAGGGCCAGCUGGUGGCCGUCACGGGCCCCCACGGCUCCGGAAAGGCCACGCUGCUGAGGUUGCUGGGGCAUGUGGUCUUCCCACAGGAGGGCUUCAUCUUCAUCCCGUCGCACCUCCGCGUGCUGCAUGUCACCCAGGAAGCGCUGCUCAUGAACCUCUCCCCUUGGCGGAACCUGGUCUUUGGAUGCACGGACCCCAGCACUGUCGACGCGGAGCGCGUGCGGAACAUCCUGGAGAGGAUGCAGAUGAAGGCGACGCUGAAGCUGAUUGCGUCGGACGUGGCCAGGCAUUCCAAGGGCGAACCGGCCCAGGAAUUGUCCGAAAGCUCGGGAGAUUCCUGGAUGGGGAGCAUCACUUACACCGAGAAGGUGAAGCUCCACCUCGCGCGCGCGUUCAUCAUGAACCCGGAGGUGAUGGUGUUGCAGAGGCCCCUCCACCACUACGACGCAAACACCUCCAA